AAAUGCAUAAUCAGUGACCCUCAGAAAAUCAAUCAUAAGUAUUACCAGUCAGGAGAUGUUAUCAUAGCUGGCAUUAGUUCACAGAGCUACAGGUUUUCCAACCCUCUCAACUUUGAAAGGCAUCCUGCUUCUGAACUCUUUGAUGACCUCAUCUACUUCACUGGAAGCUUAACUUAUCUUGCUUCACUGGAGCUUCUGUCUACAUGGGACAAGUUCAUUCCAAACUAUAAAUGUGAUGUGCAAGGUAUUACUGUGGCUGUCAUUGGAGGACCAAACUCCAAGGCAUGUCUUUUCAUGGCAACCAUUCUGAGCAUCUAUAAGAUACCACAGCUUGGAUAUGGUUCUUCUCCUUUGAUUAAUGACCCAUCCCAACAAGCCUUUUUCCAAUGGAUGUUCCCUAAUAGAAACCAACAGUAUAUGGGGAUGCUUCAGUUGCUUUUGCUUUUCAGAUGGACCUGGAUUGGUGUCAUUUUUAUACAUGAUGACAAUGGCCUAAGGUUUGUACAGAAUGAACUUCCCAAAUUUUCCCAGGGAGGUGUCUGCUUUGAUUUUAUAGAACCGUUGCCAACCUUGUAUUUUAAAACUGGCAUUCAUGAAAUGAUAGAAUCAUGGGUCAAAACGUACCAAUUGAUAAUUAGUAGCACAGCCAAUGUUGUGUUCUUACAUGGUGAAAUUCACACUACAAUCUUUUUGAGAAUGUUUCCCCAAAUUUCAGAACUUGAAAACAUACCAAUGAAAGUGGGCAAAGUCUGGAUAAUGACUGCACAAAUGGAAUUCACUUCUGUUCCUUUUCAACAAACUUGGGAUCUAGAUAUACUUCAUGGUACCCUAGCCUUUGCAACUCACUCUCAGGAUGUGGUGGGUUUCCAAAAUUUUCUUCAGAGGAGAAACCCUAAUAUGGAAACCACAGAUGGUUUUAUUAAGGACUUUUGGAAACAAGCAUUUCUUUGUUCCUUUUCAACAUCCUUGGAAGAGGAGAUUGUUUGGAAUCACUGCAGUGGGGAAGAAAAGCUAGAGGCUCUUCCUAAAUCUGUUUUUGACAUGAGCAUAACGUCCCAUAGCUAUAGCAUUUACAAUGCAGUUUAUGCUGUGGCCCACGUAUUGCAGUCCAUGAUUUCAUUAAAGUUCAAAUAUAGAACUAUGUCAGAGAAAGGACAGAAGAAGCUCUUGAAGCAACAACUGUGGCAGUUCCAUCACUAUCUAAGAAAGGUCUCAUUUAACAAUAGUGUUGGGGAAAUCAUUUCCUUUGAUGAAAAUGGGAACCUGGAAGCAGGAUUUGAUAUUAUCAACUGGGUCACAUUCCCAAACCUAAGUCUACAUCGAGUCAAAGUGGGAAGAUUUGAUCUCAGAGCUCCCAAAGGACAAGUGUUCAGUGUUAAUGCCGAUUCUAUUAAGUGGCCAAGGAAAUUUAGCCAGGCACAGCCUCUGUCUUUGUGCAAUGAACCCUGUCAUAAAGGUCACAGCAAGACCAAGAAGGAAGGGAAGCCAUUUUGUUGUUACAAUUGCCUUCCAUGCCCAAGAGGAAAAGUUUCAGUUCAAAUGGACUUGGAAUUUUGCUACCAGUGUCCAGAGGAUCACUAUCCCAGCAAAACUCAGGAUCAGUGCAUUCCAAAAGACAUCAGCUUCCUAUCUUUCCAUGAGCCUUUGGGGAUCACCUUGACCAUUUUUGCUCUUUUAUUUUCCUCCAGUACAGCUCUGGUCCUCGCGGUCUUCAUUCAGCAUAAGGAUACUCCCAUAGUCAAGGCCAACAACCAGGAUCUCAGCUACAUCCUCCUAGUCUCUCUUCUUCUUUCCUUUCUCUGCUCUUUACUUUUCAUUGGUCGGCCUCAGAUGACAACCUGUCUCCUUCGUCAAACUACUUUUGGCAUCAUCUUCUCUCUGGCAGUUUCUUGUGUGGUGGCCAAAACCCUCACUGUAGUCCUAGCUUUCCUGGCCACCAAGCCAGGCUCCCAGAUGAAGUCAUGGGUGGGAAAAAGACUGGCACUUUUUAUAGUGCUUUCCUGCUCUUUCAUUCAAACCAGUCUUUGUACUGUGUGGCUAGUGAGCUCUGCUCCCUUCCCAGAUCUUGAUAUGUACUCUCUACCUACAGAAAUGGUCCUGGAGUGCAAUGAAGGCUCUGCUGCCAUGUUUUAUUGCAUCCUGAGUUUCAUUGGCCUCUUGGCUAUGAUCAGCUUUACAGUGGCUUUCCUUGGCAGGAACCUUCCAGACAGUUUCAAUGAAGCCAAAUUUAUCACUCUCAGCAUGCUGCUCUUUUGCAGCGUUUGGAUCUCUUUUGUUCCAGCCUACCAGAGCACCAAAGGGAAAUACAUGGUGGCUGUGGAGAUCUUCUCCAUCUUAGCUUCAAGUGCUGGAUUAUUGGUCCUCAUUUUCUCCCCCAAAGUUUACAUCAUCUUGAUAAGACCUGAACUGAAUAACAGGCAACAAAUAAUGCAAAAAAAUCAUAAAAUGAGUUAA